AAUCGCAGUCGCGAAAAAUAAACAUAACAGUAAACAAAGUUGACGCGAUUGACGAAUAUUGUGCGUGUGAAUUGUGUGUGUGUGAAAUGAAUUAAUUAAUAAUCACGUUGCACUUGGAAAGUGGAAUACAAUAGCUCUCUGGAAAAGAAAAUAAUUGAAAUUUGGUUCUGUAUUGCAAUACAGUGGCCAUCCUAACCUAAAUAUGUCAUAGGUUAUCAUCAAGCGAUCAUAUGUUCUUAAAUUUGCAAUUUUGACUAAUUGCACUUGUCUGUGUAGCUUCUUCCAUUAGAAUUAAUUCAGUUUGUUUCUGAAUUAAUGUUGUUUUCCGCUCAGAGAGUAAGAAGAUCGCUACAUAUAUAAAUAUGUCUAAAACUAAGAACAGCAUACGCAGUAAUAAGGAACAUGAUAACCUAUCUUCUUGUACAUCCUCAUCACUGUCAUCGGAUGAAGAAGAGAUUGACGCGAGAGAUUUAAAACCAAUUAAGGAUUAUUUGUCUAAUCGUAAGGAACUUGCUUGUCAACUUUUUAAAUCAGUCAAACCAGAGAAGAUACGUAUGAUGCUGCCUCAGGUUCUAAAACAAAUGGACUUAAAUGAGCUGGAAGAAUGGUGUGCGAGUGAACUCAAUGGUAUGUCUAAAGCUCGAAUAAUAUCCAUAUUAAAUGGCAAACCUAUGCUGGAGUCUUCAGAUACGAGCGAAUCAGAUGAUUCAGGCCCUUCCCUGGAAAUUAUUUCUGAUACGGAAGAAUGGACGGAUGAUGAUGUGUCUAAAAAGGAAAAUGGAAAGGGGAAGGUAAAAAGGGAUAAAACAAAAACUAAGAGAAAAGCACAGAUUAAUAAGAAGAACAAUUCGGACAAGUCUAAUAUUAAAGCGAAAUGCAAUAUAAAAACUGAGGUUAAUGAUAAGAAUAAAGAUAUUAAAAUAAAGAAGGAGGAUGAUAAGGACAAAGGGAAAGAAGGAGACAGUUUGCUGGAUUUGCUGGAAUUGGAAAUGCGAGCUCGAGCAAUAAGAGCUCUAAUACGAAAAGAGGAAGACAUAAUUCCAUCCAGCAAUCCAUCGCAAAGUAAUGGUCAAACGGUGGAAAAUAAUAUCGCGACGUCUCAAGAUGACGCUAAAGCAAAAGAGAACUGUCGCAAGCAGUUAGAAAAAAUUAUUAGUGCUCAGCAAAGUACCAAAGGUGAUGACGAAGAUGUCGUUUUAGUAGUUCAACCUACACCGGUUGUCGAGUUAUUGUCCAGUGACAGCGACAAGGAAGAUCUGGAUGGAGCACGAAUAAAUAAACAGUUGGAGAAUUUACGUGCAACGGCUGAAACUGAAAAAGCUGCAAACAAUUCUGACGAAAAUGCGGCAAAUUCGAAUGCAACCGUCGUACAGGAUUCGAAGGAAAAAAAGGGUGCUCCAGAAGCAACAGGAAAACGUAACGAUUCAAAGACUGGAACUAAAAUAGAUCUGAGCGAAGCAAGAACGAUAAUGCCUGAAAGAAACAUAGGAAUAAGGAACAAUACAUUGUCGAUAUCAAUCUCUGCGGAUAAUGUCGCAGAGAGGCGAAAAAAGUCGAAGAAAAGAUCGCAAAAACAAAAUGCAAAAGUGCAAGUUACAACUUCUGCAGCUGAAGACUCGCCAAGAUUGAAAGAGAUUGAUAUAGCCGAGGCCUCGGAACAAUCGAGUGAUGUAAAGAAUAAAGAUAUCAAAGAACAGUCAAAGCCAAGUCCUUCUGAUGAAAAUAAAGUUGCCGCGGAAGAAGAAAAUACAUGCGAAAAAGUGGCAAAAGAAAGUAGAAUCGAGGAGGAUAGAUUGGCGGACAUGGAUGAAAUAAUUGAUUUGGAUGAUUACUGCGAUGUCAUGGAUAUAGUCAGUGGCGAUGAUGAGAGAAGCCAAGAUAAAUUUAUUGUUCUUCCCCAAGAAGAGAACAAGCAACCUGCAUUGCAGACCACUGUGGAUUCAACGGAAUCCAAAGCGGAUUCAGCGGAAACUUGGGCAUCACGUUAUUAUCAAACUGAUGAUGUCCAAAACGUAAUAAAAGAAUCGAAGAUACAGUCCGAGAUCCGAAAACGUUUGAGAGAACGUCAGAGAUUGUCCAAAUUGAGUAAAUCGCCAAAUUUGAAUUUGCCCUCGCAAUCAGCAUUAGUUGAUGGAACAAGUGCUGCAUCUGAGAAAAUUCCGACGGGAUCAGUGGAGGAAUACUUGGCUCUGAAACGUGUAGGGACUGCGAAUAUUAAUAACAAUACUAAUGAUAAUAAUAAUACGACGCCAAAUAAUAGUGAUAAUAAUGACACAAUACAAGAUAAUUCUGCAACUGUUAAUUUUAGUAAUGAUAUUAAUGCAAAAGAAAGUUCGGUGCAGGAUGAAAAUAUUUCUUCCAUUCAAGAAUACACAGAUAAUAUAAGUGAUGUACAAAAGACUGCUGUGUCGGAAAGUACUGUUACUCAGCUGCCAGAAGAAGUUAUUACCGAAACAAAAAAUGACGCACAAUUGGUAUAAUAAAUAAUGGCCCAGAUUCAGAACGCGCUAACAAUGAUAAAAACUCUAAAAGUGGCUUACAACCACCUGAUUGGUUGAGAAAUUGAAGACUCUUAUCAUUAGUAAGCGAAAUAGAAUUCCGAAUAUGACCCAUUAUGUAUGAUAUGAAAGUAAAUGUUGCUAACAAAAUAUAUAAUUUACUUAUAAUAAUAUUAUAAUUAAAUAUAUUAUUUAAUGA